AUGAUGAGCGACAUGGCGAGCUGGUCGUGUGUCAUCAUUAAGUUUGAGCGCUCGCGCGAGAACGAGCGGUGGCAUACACUCCUCUCCGGCCUCAAGGAGGCACAGGCGUGGCACGAGUACGCAAAGGCGCUGCCCAACCCCGACACGCUGAACAUGUUUCUCAGCCGCUUUUUCUUUCAAAAUAUGCGCCUCGACAACUUCUCCGAUGUCCUGAUUAAGCUAGUUCGAAAGCAGCUACGAGAGCUGCCGUCGAAGAAGUUCCCGCGCGACCUCGGUGGCGAGCUCAUCCUUGACGACUUCCUCAUCGGUACGCAGAUUCCUUGGAUCAGCAACGUGUCGGAGCCAAGGGUGUCGGCCAACGGCGAGGUCGGCUUCGACUUCAACCUUGUCUAUAAGGGCGGCGAGGGCGGCUUCUCGCUCUUCUUCAGACUGGCGCUCACCUACUGCGGCAUUCAUAUCCCGCAUAUCGUCUUCUCCGUGAAGCUAUUGGAGCUGGAGACGACGAUGCACGUUAGCAUCGGGCCACCUCCGUCGAAGAAAUUCUGGAUUGGAGCGCACAAGCUCCCCAUUGUCCGGCUCGAGGUGCACCAGGGAUGCGCCUCUGGGAGAGGAGUGCUGCACCGCAUACUGACAGCGCUCCCGAACCUCAGCGGUAUUGUGACGAACCUCAUCAAACUUUACCUCUUCAGCGACAUGGUGCUUCCAUACAUGGACGACUUCCCCCUGCCCAGUGUGGUGAAGUCGCCCAAGGCCUCGUUUGCUGACCUGCGCGUUCGUGCGUUUGACUGGCAACGCGCGGCGAAGAUCAGCGGCGCACCGCAGCGCGGGACCCCCACUAGAAGCGCCAGCAGCAACCAUGGCAGGGCCGAGGGUAAGACGACUCAGAGGAACCCAGAGCAGCAGGGCAGCAGUAAGCAUGAGGGCCGGCGGAGUAUGGAAAGUUUUAGCAGUGGCAGCGUAGCGAUGGCGCUGCCACCCGCCUUUGGAAGUGGCGCGUCUAAGGACACCAUGUCUGUUGAGAGCAGCACCACUUCGCGGAAAGUAACCCUCGUUGAUAGCUCCCUGAGCCGUAGCCAGAACGUUGGACCAGGCGCGAAAACUCCAUCACCCGCCUCGGGUGGCGGUGGCGGUGACUGUGAUGCGGGUUUCUCCAGCGGCAGCUUUUGCCCGAAUGCAUCUAUCGAUGUGGGUUUGCCAGUGGAGCUUCCUUCGCCCAGGAGCACGGUAGCCCCUCAGGCGGUCCGAGGUGGACCAGCGGGUCGGCCUCGUCAGCCAGCCGCAGAUGGUGGAGGUGACCGAACUAGGUUCCCCGCCACUCAUGCGUCGCACCAGGUGGGCUCAUAUAGCGCGUCGAUGCCAGGCACUCCAGUGUCCACCUCCGCACCAAACGAUAGUUUCUUCUGCAACCACAGUGCUUUUAAAAAUGAGUCCGAUGGGGACUUGAGCAGCGUAUCCGCGAAACGCUCUGGCACCUCCGAUGCCAUGCGGAGCCUCAAGAACUUGCUCAAAGUGAAGGGCAAGGACAUGACCCGCGAGUCUGUCUCGCGGUCGAAGAAGAAGAGCUGA